AUGAGAAGGGCUCUGGCAUCAGCACAUAAAAUCACACAACUCAAGGUCCCACUAUAUGCGGACCCCCGACGCGCAGCGGAGCUCAGUUGUCACUUCCAAAUGGACGAACAGAGACUGCAUUCUGUAAAGUGGUACAGAGAUAUGCACGAAAUAUUCCGGUACAACCCAUCACAAAAGCCACCAAUCCGCCUCUUCAAUGUAACUGGUAUCAUGGUGCAAGGAGGGGAGUGUCAAGUGGACUCCUGCAUGGUACGAGUCAUGCCGCCUCCCGUUGCAGCCAGGGCGGCCUACAGUUGUGAAGUUUCGACCGAAGGACCCAAGUUUCAGAUAGCGAGACAAACAAAGCACAUGACAGUCGUCGCGAUGCCGGACAGAGACCCCAUCAUAAUUGGGGCUCCGAAAUUAGUGAAGCCGGGAGAACAAAUAUUGCUUAAUUGUACGUCUGACUACUCGCUGCCUCCCUCCGAUAUCAAUUGGUACAUUGACAACGAACUACAAAAGCCAGAGCCGUGGCAUCGUACGGAGCUGAGUAUCGCUCAAGAGGGAGGUCUAAGAGCAUCCUGGCGCGUGUUACGUGUAGCUGUUCCGCCAGCGGAAAGUGGUGCAUUGCGCGUGCGCUGCGAAGCUAUCCUCCCAGUGGAACCACCAGUUAUUCGAGAAACAUCGACCGUAGUAACUCUCUUCUCCCGGACACAACUCUCCAAAUACGUUUCUAAUGGAGGUAUAAACAAGAAGUAUCAACUAAAUCUCACAGUUGUAGUGCUAUUGACUUUGAAAGUGUUAUUUGGUGUGAGCUUAUGA